AUGCAGGACGCGUGCCGCAAGGGCGAUCUCCGAGCCGUUAGUGAGCUGCUCAAUAACGAUCCGGAGCUCGUUCAUGAGAGGGACAACAUCGGUACCACUCCUCUCCACCGAGCUGCAGCUGGGGGCUUCCUGGAGAUCUGCACUGUCCUGCUUGAGCACAAGGCGGAUGUGAAUGCAGUGGACAAGUACAAUGACACGCCUCUCAAGAAAGCAGCUUACCGGGGGAACGUCAACAUAGUCGUCCACCUUUCCCUGCAUGGCGCCGACAUGAACCACCCGGACGGCUCCGGCAAGCUUCCCUUG